AUGAUCGGUCUGGAGUCGUGGUUCGCCAAUUUCUCGCAGAUUUCUAGUCGAUGGAUCACGGCCCAAUCGCUAGCGGAUAUCCCCAGACCCCACGUAGAAUAUGCCAUUUUUGCGACUUUCAAAGCCGCGGAGCUCAUGAGUGUUCUAGGCGGUCUGGUAGCCCAUCCAAUCUAUCGUUGGCACUUGUCCAGGAAAUUGAAUCCCAAAAUGAUGACUUCGAAUUCCGAGAAAAUCAUCAGAACCGCGUGUCGAAAGCUCCAGGGGCGCUUUCUGAUCGCCGGUCUUGUCACGGCUCCAUUCCUCAGUCGUCUCGAAACUCAUUUAUCUGGGACGACAGAGAGUGAGCUGAAGAAUCGCUGCUAUCAGAUUAGAUGCAACGCGGAGACAUUGUCCUUGGACCGCGCCGUACUCGUUUGCGGCUUCAUCGGAUGGUACUGGCGACGAUUCCAAGGUGCUGUCGACGGUGUGAACGUUGGAAUCGCCUACGCGAUGGUCAACAGUCAAUUCAUCGCUCCUCGCACGUCGCCAGUUCUGAAGAACAGUGUGCAAGAGUCGGAGAGAUUUGAGACCGUUGAAGCUAUGGAGGAGUCGAAGAGCAAGUUGAACAAGUUUCUAGCAGAGAAGGAGCGAAGUGAGACAGCCAAGGAAUCCUCUUAA